CACUUCUUGAUGUUUGGACAGGAGCCACGAUUGCCUGUAGAUUUUCUGUUGGGGAGAGAACCACAGCUAAGGGAGGGUAGUGUGCAUGACUGGGUCUUGGAACAUCAAACGAGGCUCCAGGUGGCCUUUGCAGGUGCACGGGAACGGUUGCAGGUCAUGGCUGAUAGGCGCAAGGCCAAUCAUGAUCAGCACGUCCGAGAUGAACCAUUGGUGGAGGGUCAACUGGUGUACCUCCGUGAUUAUGGGGUAAGGGGCCGCCAUAAAAUCCAGGACCUAUGGAGCCCAGUGGUCUACCAAGUGAUAAGGGCACCCAAAGAAGGUGGUGUAGUGUACACCAUUGCACCUGUAGAUGACCUGACCAAGGUAAGGAACGUGCAUCGUUCACUGCUAAAGAGAAGAGUCUGUAAGGACACAGUUGGUACUAACCAUGGCAGUCCUUUACCUGACCCAGUUGUGGGCACAUCAUCGUUAGCUGAGGAAGAGGAUGAGGUAGAUUUAUUAGCUUUGGUCCAAGAACGGGAUCAAGUUGAUGUCGAAUUGAGAAUUGGUGGGCUGGCCUCUGGGGUGGAACAUGGUCCACAGGAGAGGGUGAGUGUUACGGGACCCGUUCCUGCUAACUGGCCAGGAUUACAGGCUCCAGCUAGGGAUACAGCUAUGUUGCCGGAGCCACAGCCUGAAGCCCUGGUUAGGGUGGAUGAGGGUGCGUUACGCAGGACAAAACGUGCAAAUGCGGGCCAACAUCCAAAUGUACACCAUCUUCCCCAUUCAGUAGGUGGGACAGGUGAGGGCUCCCAGCAGCAAAUGCAUGGCAUGGUGCCAGGCAUUUUUAGGCCAUGGGAUUAGGUAAUCCUGACCCUAAUAGUAGGACCGUCGGGGCGACGAUCCGUCAGUGGGGGGUAGAUUGUAGUGGGACGAACUGUGGGUGUCCCUUUAAAUUGUCAUGAAAGCAUCAGUUGUCCAAUCAGAUACAUGCAAGACUAUAUAAAAGGGGACUUUUAAUGCACCAUGUUGUGUGAUCACCGCUUGUGUGUCAUUGCCCGAGGCCCGCCCCUUCCUGGUUUAGACUCUUCCUGUCUCACAGGUAUGUGCUUGCUAGCAAGUGUGUAUCAACGUGUGUGUUUGUGGUAACUAGCGUUAUUUGAAUUAUAGUUUCCAACGUGUAAUCAUUCCAUGUGGCUCGGCGACUGCUUUUAAACAUGAACCCGCCGUAAUCCCGUGCCUUCUUGCCGGUUUGAUGUCCAUUUGCCUGUGCGGCUGGACUUGUGGUCGAAACGACAAUAUUAAGGUGGAAUAGUUUUAAGAGGAGUCAUUCAGUGCGGCCUGCGGGGCAACGUACUUUGAUGCUGCUGCUUUGUUUUUACUCUGCUUUGUUUUUACUCUGCUUUGUUUUACUUAAUUUUGUAUGCUUUGUGUUACUUUACUUUGUCUGCUUUGCUAGCUUUGUUUGCUUUGUUU